AUGCUAGAAAUUGACCACCAUUAUGUGGAAGACCAGCCUGAAAGAAGUCAUAGUGGAGAGAAACCCUAUGAAUGUAAUCAAUGUGGUAAAGCCUUUUCAUGUCACAGGAAUCUCCAACGUCAUAGAAGAAGGCAUACUGGAAAGAAACCUUAUGACUGUAAUCUAUGUGGUAAAUCCUUUGCAAGAUCCAGUAAUCUUAAAUAUCAUAAAAGAACACACACUGGAGAGAAACCUUAUGAAUGUAAUCUAUGUGAUAAAUCCUUUGCAAGACCCAGUAAUCUUCAAUAUCAUAAAAGAACACACACUGGAGAGAAACCUUAUGAAUGUAAUCUAUGUGGUGAAUCCUUUGCAAGACCCAGUAAACUUCAAUAUCAUAAAAUAACACACACUGGAGAGAAACCUUAUGAAUGUAAUCUAUGUGGCAAAGCCUUUGCAAUAUCCUGCUAUCUCCAGUAUCAUAAAAGAAUACAUACUGGAGAGAAACCCUAUAAAUGUAAUCAAUGUGAUAAAGCCUUUUCAUAUCAUAUUAGUCUCUGUAGACAUAAAAGAACACACAGUGGUGAGAAACCCUAUGAAUGUAAUCAAUGUGGUAAAGCCUUUUCAUGUCACAGUAAUCUCAAACGUCAUAGAAAAAUGCAUACUGGAAAGAAACCUUAUGAAUGUAAUCUAUGUGGUAAAACCUUUGUAAGACCCAGUAAUCUUCAAUAUCAUAAAAAUAUACAUACUGGAGAGAAACCUUAUGAAUGUAAUCAAUGUGGUAAAGCCUUUACAAGACCUAGUGAUCUCCAUUAUCAUAAAAGAACACACAGUGGAGAGAAACCUUAUGAAUGUAAUCUUUGUGGCAAAGACUUUGCAAUACCCAGUCUUCUCCAAAGUCAUAAAAGAAUACAUACGGGAGAGAAACCCUAUAAAUGUGAUCAAUGUGAUAAAGCCUUUUCAUGUCAUCGUAGUCUCCGUACACAUAAAAGAAUACACACUGGAGAGAAACCCUAUGAAUGUAAUCAAUGUAGUAAAGCCUUUACAUGUCAUCGUAGUCUCCGUAGACAUAAAAGAAUACACACUGGAGAGAAACCCUAUGAAUGUAAUCAAUGUGGUAAAGCCUUUUUAUAUCACUGUAAUCUCCAACGUCAUCGAAGAAUGCAUACUGGAGAGAAACCUUAUGAAUGUAAUCUAUGUGGUAAAUCCUUUGCAACACCCAGUAAUCUUCAGUAUCAUAAAAGUAUACAUACUGGAGAGAAACCUUAGGAAUGAAAUCAAUGUGGUAAAGCCUUUUCCUGUUAUAAUGACCUCCAUAGACAUAAAAAAAAAAAACACACACACACCGGAGAUAAACCCUAUGAAUGUAAUCAAUGUGGUAAAGCCUUUUCAAGACCCAGUCAUCUCCAUUAUCAUAAAAGAACACAUACUGUAGAGAAACCUUAUGAAUGUAAUCUUUGUGGCAAAGACUUUGCAAUACGAAGUCUUCUCCAAAAUCAUAAAAGAAUACAUACUGGAGAGAAACCCUAUAAAUGUAAUCAAUAAUGUGGUAAACCCUAUACAAGACCCAGUAAUCUUCAAUAUGAUAAAAAUAAACAUACUGGAGAGAAACCUUAUGAAUGUAAUCAAUGUGGUAAAGCCUUUUCACGUCAUAGUAAUCUCAGUCAGUCAGUGCUCCUAACCACUGAGGAGCCCUCUCUUCAACCCAACAAUUGA